AUGUCCGGGCGCGGGAAGCAGGGCGGGAAGGCGCGCGCCAAGGCCAAGUCGCGCUCGUCGCGGGCCGGGCUGCAGUUCCCCGUGGGCCGCGUGCACCGGCUGCUGCGCAAGGGCAACUACGCGGAGCGCGUGGGCGCCGGCGCCCCGGUGUACCUGGCGGCCGUGCUGGAGUACCUGACGGCCGAGAUCCUGGAGCUGGCGGGCAACGCGGCCCGCGACAACAAGAAGACGCGCAUCAUCCCCCGCCACCUGCAGCUCGCCAUCCGCAACGACGAGGAGCUCAACAAGCUGCUGGGCAAGGUGACGAUCGCGCAGGGCGGCGUGCUGCCCAACAUCCAGGCCGUGCUGCUGCCCAAGAAGACCGAGAGUCACAAAGCCAAGAGCAAGUAA